GUACACCGCAUGACCGUUUCGUUACCCAUUUCUUCUCCACUUCUAUUUUAUUUAUUUUUGUAAUUCAAUUGCUUUCUCUCCCUCCUCGCUUCACCCUAGUUUCAGUAUCAGCGAAGCUUUAAGUCGUCUGCUCUUUAAAGAAAAAAAAGGGUAAAAUCCCAGAAAAAGGGAUCAAAGUCAAAUGUUUUACUCGCAGCAAUGCCUCGUGUCAAGGAAAGGACCUUUAGGAGCGAUUUGGGUGGCUGCGUAUUUCUACAAGAAGCUGAAGAAAGCCCAAGUCAAAGACACUCAUAUUCCUUCCUCCGUUGACCAGAUUUUGCAAAAGGAGUUGGAUCUUUUGACAUACAGAGUGUUAGCGUAUCUUCUUCUGGGUGUUGUUAGAAUAUAUUCCAAGAAGGUGGACUUUCUGUUCCAUGAUUGCAACAGAGCGUUGGUCGGCGUAAAGGAGUUUGUGGCUAAGGAGAAGAACAGAGACAACACUAAUGUGCCUUUGCCUGCUGCUGCGUCUACGAGCUUUUUGUCAAUUGCUUUGCCUGAGUGUUUCGAGCUAGAUGCUUUUGAUCUUGGGGUUUUGGAUGAUUUUCACGGGGGUAAUGUUAAGCCUCAGGAAGAUAUUACACUUAAAGAAGAUGGAGGUGCUGGUCGGGAUACAGAGAGCAUGGACCAGUAUUAUAUGGAAAGGUUCGACAUGGAGGAGGACCUGCUGUCUACGUUUCAUGAAACUUUUGCUGCCGAUCAUACUGAUACUAGACAUGAGAGCUCUGCCAAUGAUAUGGACAUAGAUGUAGAAAAUGACAGGUAUGCUAGAGGAGAAACAUCAGUCAGAGUUGCUGAAGCAGAACCACUGAACUCUAACAAAUCAUCCAGAGAUCACCAAACUGCAUCUAGGCAUGGGGAGGAUCCAGAAUCAGAUGACAUGCUUGUGGAACCGCAAGUAUCUGAAGGUAUCAUAAGAGCACAAGAGGAAGCAACAGCUAGAGAAACCAUAUGUACCAUUGUGCAGAGACUAGAGGAUCCAGAAUCAGAUGACAUGCUUGGGGAACUGCAAGCAUCUGAAGAUAUCAGAAGAGCUCAAGCGGAAGAAACCAUAUGUACCGUUGUGCAGAGACUAGAGGAUCCUCAUGAAUCCCCAGGAGAUAAUCUACAUAGAGACGGGCACAGGGAGAAUUCAGAAUCAGAGAAAACAUGGGUGGAAAAGACGCCUCAUGACGGGUCCCUACCAUCUAAAUGCAAAAGUCCUGAAGAGAUUCACCGGAGUGAGGAUCAACCUUCUGGCGACUCAAGAAUUGAUGGGGAGAAAGAGAGUACUCGAGAAGAACCAGAACCAGGUUCUAUGAGUAAAAAUACAGACUUGCCUGAAGGCAUAGAGAAACAUCGGGGCCAUAGUGAUGGGGAAAUGACAGACACUGACAUGUUCCAUGGGUCUCAUAAAGAGCCAUAUGAGACUCCUGAAGUGAAUCAAGUUAGACACAAUGUUACCGAGAAAGGUUUUCUCUCGGACGUGAGUUUUUCAGAAGAGGGGAGUAAAGGAUCUAAUGCUAAAGAUACGCCAGUUGCUGCUACUCCCAAACCAGCUACGUGGCUGAACAUCUCUGAAGGGGAAACAAGCCAUCAGUUUUCGAUCAUUCCUACGCCGGCUGGAAAGGAGUCUUCUCGGGUUUCACGGAAGAGAAAGUGUCUGAUAGAUGAUGAAGUGAUGAUUCCGAGCAAAGUUAUGAAGAAAAUGAUAGAAGACCCAAGUUCAUUGGUUGCAAAACGGAGAAGAGUUCCAUAUACUGACUAUCCUGAGAAAAGAAUCAAACGUUUUACCGAUCCCUCAAGAAGUUCCUGGGACCCUUUGAUUCCAUAUGGUUCUUUGGAACUCCAGUCACUUUUUUGUCAACCUAUCAAGCUUAAAGAACAGAACACCACAGAAACUCCUAAAGCUGCUAAAACUGCUGGGCGGAUGAAAAGGUCUUCUCUUAGAACAGUUGGAGAUGUUUCUUCCCCUGAGCAGACUGAGAAUGGUCGGAAAAUUAUGGAAACUCCUCAAGCUGCUGCUCUUACUGAGCUGAAAAUUUCUGUUCCAGAGACGGGAACUAGCUCCGUAGCUGGGGGAAGUUCUCAUCCAACGAAUGUUCCUCCAGAGACUCCAGUGAAGCCUGCGGAGCCAGCACAGCUUGCUCCAGAAACCCCAGCAAGGACAUCAGAGCAGACAGGGAUUGCUCCAGAAACACCAGUAGUCUCUGAGCAAGUAGAGAUUGCUCCUGAUACGCCGGUGAGGGAAUCAAUGUCGAAAAGAUAUUUCAACAACCAUGAGAUGUGUGAACAAGAAACAAGACCUGCAAACUCCUUCACCUCCUUUGAAGAGCGCCGGUCAGAAAUUUGCGAGGAUAGAAGGGACCUUGAUGCAAUAUUGAUGAACGAGGAGCAGGUGAAUGCACAUGAAACAGAGGAUCUUCAAAAAGAGACAUGGUCAGCAAGAACAAGAAAUGUUGCGAAAUUCCUGGAAAAGACGUUUCUGGAGCAGAGGGAGAAAGGAGAAGAAGAAAAGGCGAGUUUGUUACAGCUUUGCAGAGGAAGAACUCAGAAGGAAAGCGCAAGACUCUUUUUCGAGACUUUGGUGUUGAAGACGACAGGUUACUUGGAAGUGAAGCAAGACCAUCCAUAUAGUGAUAUUCUUCUCUGUCGGUUCACCAGACAACAAGAAGCUUGUUGCAUAGCGCAAUAGCUAGGUUUCUUCUCUCCAGUUUAGGUUUUCUAAGAGGCAUCUGUUUAUCAAAGUUGUUAGGUUUUUGGAAUUUUAGCCUUUUUGCUUUAAAAUCUGUAGACUUGUUGAGUGAUCC